GCUCUCCAUACUCCAUACUCCAUAGCAUACAACUAGCCAUAAUACUCGCUACCAACCCCACUCGCUGGCGCCAUGUAUGAACAUGGAGAUCUGUACGCGCUUAGCUGCAGUUCCCCCAAUCUCGUCGGCUACCCGCCGGACAUGGCAAGCACCCCUUUAUUCUUCCCAGCCGUGGCAUCUCCUCCAACAUUUGUUCCGGGCGGAAUCAUCAGCUACGAGUUCGACUCAAUUCGUGACGCUUUAGCAGCACUGAAAUCAGAGGUUGGUAGCAGCGGUAGCAGCAGCAGCAGUUACGGGACACCGAAUGCGCGACUGAGUCAUUACGUUCAGAGACCCAGCCUCAUCCACAGAAGCAUGAGCAGUCACUCACUUCAAAAUAACGAGUUUCAUCAUCAUCAUCAACAGCAGCAGCAGCAGCUUCACCAACCCAUUUUCUCAUCUUUCAAUGAAUCUCGUCCAGAGGCCUUGGAAUUGGAGACAUGUCCCAUGACCAUGAGAAAGGUUUAUAGCACGGGCGACUUGCAGCAGGCCAUUAGUACGGUGCAACACAGUCAUCAUUCCGGGAGCCCGUUAUCUCACGAGAAUUGCAGUGCCGAAGGAUCAAACAAAGCUGUUCGUUACAGUGCUGAAGAGCGAAAAGAAAGAAUUGAAAGAUACCGAAGCAAGAGGAAUCAGAGGAACUUCAAUAAGAAGAUUAAGUAUGCAUGUAGGAAGACGUUAGCGGACAGUAGGCCACGCAUCAGAGGUCGGUUUGCAAGGAAUGAAGAGGUGGGAGAGAAUUGUCAAGUUCAGUGGAACCAGAGCGUGGGGGACGAAGAUGAGGAUGAAGAUGAUGUUUGGAUCAAUUUCCUCCAUGCCUUCUCCACAAAUUUAAUUCCUUAGCCUUAAGCCCCCCUGAAGCCCAAGAACAAGGGAUUCAAUUCGGAACUUCCCAUUUUAGCAUUUGUAGUUUGUUUUGUUUUUGCCCCCAUUAUAUAUUGUUGCAAGUAUGCCUUAACAUCGAUGUAAAUAUGCUUAAUUAAUUGUCUGGUAUUAAAACAACUA